AUGUCUUUGCGUCCGUCCACUGCUCCUCUGCGUGCCCCUUUGCCUUCUCCUCCUGAGUCCUCUCUUCCUGCGCUUGCCGACCCUGAGUCGGACUCUCUUCGUGCUGCCAGUCCUACUGUCACGCGUCUGCUUGCUACUGUCGUCACUGACCCCUCUUUUGAGUCCACUGCUGCGUCUGCUCUAGUCGCUGAGCUCGUCGACUUUGCUGCUCGCUGUCGUCUCGACUACGCUGCUAGUCUUGUGGCUGAGUCUGCGUCUGUCUGUCCUCCGUCCGUCGGGGGUGAGUGUGCUCUUGGCACGGACGUCCUAGAGGACAGGCAGGAGGAGUUACAGUGUCUAGCGGCUGCUUCACCUCAUCUCGCGUCUGUACUGCUUGCCCCUGAGGGAGACCCGGAUGCACUAGACAUCCCGACUCCGCGUUCUUACGCGGAGGCCGUAGAGGGUCCCUACUCCUCUCAGUGGCAGGUAGCUAUGGAUGCAGAGAUGGCUUCCUGGAAGUCCACAGGCACCUACGUUGACGCGGUUCCCCCUCCUGGGGCGAACAUCGUCAGUGGCAUGUGGAUCUUCAGGGUGAAGCGGCCGCCGGGCUCUCCACCUGUCUUCAAGGCACGGUACGUUGCUCGUGGCUUCAGUCAGCGGCAGGGAGUUGACUACUUUCAGACCUUCUCUCCCACCCCGAAGAUGACUACUCUUCGGGUGCUGCUGCACAUAGCCGCUCAGCGCGACUACGAGCUUCACUCUCUCGACUUCAGCACUGCGUUUCUGCAGGGUAGCCUGCACGAGGAGAUCUGGCUGCGCCGUCCGCCUGGCUUCACUGGGACUUUCCCUCCUGGCACCCAGUGGAGCCUCCGACGGCCAGUCUACGGUCUCCGCCAGGCACCGCGUGAGUGGCACGACACACUGAGGACUACGCUUGCGGCUCUUGGGUUUGCUCCUUCUACUGCUGACCCGUCGCUGUUUCUUCGCACCGACACUUCUCUGCCGCAGUUCUACAUCCUCGUGUACGUCGACGACUUGGUCUUUGCCACAGCGGACACUGCUGGACUCGCCUACGUGAAGUCCGAGCUGCUGAAGAGACACACGUGCACAGACCUGGGUGAACUGCGCAGCUACCUUGGCUUGCAUAUCACUCGGGACAGAGCACGCCGCACCAUUACCUUGACUCAGUCACACAUGGUGCAGCAGGUCCUUCAGCGCUUCGGCUUCACGUACUCCUCGCCUCAGGCCACUCCUCUGCCUACUCGCCACUCACUCUCAGCUCUGCCUUCGGAUGAGUCCGUAGAGUCGAGUGGUCCGUAUGCAGAGCUUGUUGGCUGCCUCAUGUACCUGAUGACCUGCACACGACCUGACCUUGCAUACCCUCUGAGCAUUCUUGCACGCUAUGUUGCUCCUGGGAGACACCGACCAGAGCACAUGGCAGCAGCGAAGAGGGUAUUGCGCUACCUGUGCAGUACGUCGGGCAUGGGGCUAGUGCUUGGAGGGCGGAGUCCAGAGCUUCGCUGGCUCACCUACCUGCUGACUGACCUUGGAGAGCCGCCUCGUUCUCCUCCAGUGCUGUACGUAGACAACAAGGCCAUGCUGGCCUUGUGUCGAGAGCAGCGCUUGGAGCACAGAACGAAGCACAUUGCUCUCCGCUACUUCCUUGCUCGUGAGCUGCAGCAGCGUGGUCAGUUGCGACUUGCGUACGUGGCCUCUGAGGCCAACACUGCUGAUGUGUUCACCAAGGCACUCGCGCCUUGUGACCAUCAGCGCUUUUGCACCCAGCUGGCCGAGCCGCCCAGCAGCAGCCGAGCCGCCCAACAGCAGCCGAGCCGCCCAGCAGCAGCCGAGCCGCCCAGCAGCAGCCGAGCCGCCCAGCAGCAGCCGAGCCGCCCAGCAGCAGCCGAACCGCCCAGCAGCAGCCGAGCCGCCCAGCAGCAGCCGAGCCGCCCGGUACCUGAGCCGCCCGAGCCGCCCGAGCCGCCCGAGCCGCCCGAGUCGCUCGAGCCGCCCGAGCCGCCCGAGCCGCCCGAGCAGCCCGAGCCGCCUGCUGCUGACCUACCCGACUCUCCCAUCCCGGUGAGACUUUCAGCUGCUGCCAUGGCCACCCCCAAUGUUCUCACUUUUGACGCUGAGGGGAGGGCCAUUGACUUUGCCGUCUGGAUCGAGGACCUGCAGCUGUACUUACUGUGUGAUGCGGUAGAUGAGGUCUCUCUCUUUGACUUUGUCUCUGGCGCUGUCCCUGCCCCGCCUGCUGAUGCUGACUCUGCCGUUCGCUCCAAGUGGGCGACCCGCGAUGCUGCUGCACGUCUUGCUGUGCGUCGCCACCUCCCUUCCUCUGAGCGUGCCCACUUUAGUCAGUGCAAGACCGCUCAGGCCUUGUACGACGCUGUAGUUGCGCGCUACUCCUCCCCUUCCUCCGCUACCCUUAGCCGCCUCAUGCUACCGUUUCUCUUCCCUGACCUCGCUUCCUUUCCCACUGUCGCUGACCUCGUUACCCACCUCCGCGCUAGUGACACCCGCUACCGCGCUGCCCUUCCUGCUGAGUUCCGCGCUGCGAACCCUCCUCCCAUGUACAUCACUCUCUACUUUCUCGUCACCCGUCUCCCUGAGUCCCUUCGUGUCGUUAGGGACCAGGGUGUGGUCCCUCCCCCCUGCUGCCCUCUGUCGCCUCUGCCGCUGCGGCCGACGUCGUUGGUUUUGAGUCGGUCGGCGCGGCGUCUGCCCCCAGUGGCAGACGCCGCACUGGCAAGGGCAAGGGGGGCAAGGGAGCGGGUGGAGCCAGAGGGGGCGGUGGAGGAGGCGGUGGGGGUGGAGGGGGGGGUGGGGGUGGCGGGGGGGGGUGGUGGCGGGAGUGUAGGUAGUAGUGGCGGCGGUGGAGGCGGAGGUGGCGGCGGAGGUGGUAGCGGAGGAGGCGGUGGGAGCGGUGGGAGCGACGGUCCUGGUGGGGGAGGUGGCGGUGGCGACGGGGGUGGCGGUGGAGGCGGGGGUGGCGGUGGAGGAGGGGGUCGGAGUGGCUCGUCCCAGCGGAGCAGCUCUGGGGGUGGUCAGCGCCAGCAGCAGCAGCAGCAGCAGCCGCAGCAGCAGCCGCAGCAGCAGCAGCGCUCUCGCACCGUCCCCGGCCCUCAGCAGCUCCGUGAGUGGUACUAG